AUGAAUGCAUUCGUCACUCAGCUGGGAAUCGGUCAGGGUGUUCCCGUCGUGGCCGUCAUCUUUGAGGGGGGUCCCAGUGUGAUCCUGACCGUGCUGGAGUACCUUCAGGAGAGCCCUCCCGUCCCAGUGGUGGUGUGUGAGGGGACCGGCCUCGCUGCUGAUAUACUAGCUCUACGUCCCAAGCAGACAGAGGAGGGAGUGUUAACUGUGUUCCGCGUCAGAUCCGAGGAACACCAGGACCUCGACCGUAGCAAUUCUGAGGCUUCACUCCAAGGCACAAAUGCGACUGCCUUCGGUCAGCUGGUCCUGACUCUGGCCUGGGAUCGGGUAGACAUUGCCAAGAAUCAUGUGUUUGUGUACAGACAGCAGCUCCUGGUGAGCUCUUUGGAGCAAGCAAUGCUGGAAGCGCUCGUGAUGGACAGGGUGGAUUUUGUCAAGCUGCUCAUGGAAAACGGUGUGAGCAUGCACAGCUUCUUGACAAUCAGUCGGCUGGAGGAGCUCUACAACACGAAACAACCAAGCAGCAACCCAACUCUCCUGCAACUGGUUAGAGACAUCAAACAGAGUCAUCUGCCUCCAAACUAUAAUAUCACUUUGAUUGAUGUGGGUUUGGUUAUUGAGUACCUGAUGGGCGGGACUUACAGGUGCAACUACACCAGGAAACACUUCAGAAUUAUUUACAACAAUCUCCACGGCAGCAACAGGCUUGAGUCUACUGUCGAGCAGAACAGAAAGAGAAGCAAAGAAGUGAUUGUGGACAUAGACGACCCAGAAGCGCAGCGGUUUCCCUACCCUUUCAAUGAGCUGCUGGUGUGGGCUGUGCUGAUGAAGAGGCAGAAAAUGUCGCUCUUCUUCUGGCAGCACGGCGAGGAGAACAUGGCGAAGGCACUGGUGGCCCGUAAGCUCUGCCGGUCUCUGGGCUACGAGGCCAAGAAGAGUGACAUGGUGGACGACACCUCGGAGGAGCUCAAGAAGUACUCGAAUGAUUUUGGCACAUUGGCGGUGGACCUGCUGGAGCAGUCGUUCAGGCAGGAUGAGGCCAUGGCUAUGAAGCUGCUCACCUAUGAGCUGAAGAACUGGAGCAACUCCACCUGCUUGAAGCUGGCCGUCUCCUCCCACCUGCGGCCAUUUGUGGCUCACACCUGCACCCAGAUGCUGCUGUCAGAUAUGUGGAUGGGAAGGCUGAACAUGCGCAAGAACUCCUGGUACAAGGUGAUUCUGAGUGUGUUGGUGCCUCCUGCCAUCCUACUGUUGGAGUACAAGUCCAAGGCUGAGAUGGCUCACAUCCCUCAGAGCCAGGACGACCACCAGAUGACCAUGGAGGACAGCAAACACAACUUCCAGAACAUAGCUGAAGUCAUCCAAAUGGAUGUAUUCAAAGAGGCCAGAUCCCACGACCACGUAGAAGCAAAGAGCGAAACAGAGACACACAUUCACUCCAGGAACCUGCCCUUAACCAGGAAAAUUUAUGCCUUCUACCACGCUCCCAUUGUCAAGUUCUGUUCCAACACGCUCUUCUACCUGGGCUUCUUGAUGUUCUACUCGUAUGUGGUCCUGGUGAAAAUGCCUGAAUGGCCUUCUCCUCAAGAGUGGGUGGUCAUCCUCUACAUAUUCACCUCUGCCAUUGAGAAAAUUCAAGAGAUGUUUAUGUCUGAAGCAGGCAAAAUAAGCCAGAAGAUAAAGGUGUGGUUCAGUGACUAUUUCAAUUUGUCUGACUUUCUGGCCAUCGUGACCUUCUUUAUUGGCUUCGGCCUGAGAAUGACUGGAGGAGAAGCCUUUGUCCCCGGGAGGACGGUGUAUUGUCUCAAUAUCAUCUUCUGGUACGUGCGACUCAUGGAUAUCCUGGCUGUGAACCAUCAAGCUGGACCGUACGUCAUGAUGAUCGCUAAAAUGGUGGCCAACAUGUUUUAUGUUGUAGUAAUAAUGGCCAUAGUCCUGCUGAGCUAUGGCAUACCCAGGAAAGCCAUUCUGUACCCACAUGAGGAGCCCAGCUGGACGCUGGUCAGAGAUGUGGUCUUCCAGCCGUACUGGAUGAUGUACGGGGAAGUAUAUGCUUAUGAAAUCGAUGUGUGUGCCAAUAACAGUGAGAGCUCAGUAAAGACCCUGUGUGCGGCAGGAGUGUGGCUGACUCCUCUGCUGCAAGCAGUCUACCUCUUUGUACAGUAUAUCCUAAUGGUCAACCUCCUCAUCGCCCUCUUCAACAAUGUGUAUUUGCAAGUGAAGUCCAUUUCUAAUCUGGUUUGGAAGUACCAGCGUUACCACUUCAUUAUGGCCUACCAUGAGAAGCCUGUCCUCCCGCCGCCCUUCAACCUGCUCUGCCAUAUCUACUCCCUCUUCUCUAUGUGUAGGAAGAGGAAGAAGGAGAAUACCUACGGAGCAAAGCUGUUACUCACAGUGGAGGACCAAAAGAAGCUUCACGAUUUUGAGGAGCAGUGUGUAGAGACUUACUUUGGUGAAAAGGAUGAUCAGUUUCAUUCGGGGAGUGAAGAGUGCAUACGUCUGACCUCAGAAAGGGUUGAGACAAUGUGUAUGCAGCUAAGAGACGUAGGGAACAAGUUCAACUUUAUAACACGCUCUUUGCACACUCUGGACUCUCAGAUCGGUCACCUGCAGGACCUAUUUGCUCCAACCGUGGACAAUCUAAAGACCCUCACUGCUCAGAGGGCUUCAGAGGCCAGCAAGGUCCACAAUCAGUUCACCAGGGAGCUCAGCCUGUCAAAAAACGUGGUCCUCAGCACCAGCCCCAGCGCCUUUGUCCAAACUGCUGUGGCCAUUUCCCCUCCGGAGCUGCGUCUCCGAGGCCACUCACUCACCCAGAUUAAGCUGACCCGUCGGGGCCUUUCCAACUCCCCAUCCAGCCUGCCCAAUGUGCCCUCCCCCAGGGCUCAGGUCCACAUCAGCAGCACCCCUUCCCAGCCCAGUGGCUCCAGCCACCCAGAACUCGCCCUCACUGGGCUUUACCAGCAGCCCCUCAAGCCAGACAGUACCACUGUCGAAUGUGGGGCGUUUGUGGGACAUAAAGACAGUUUGGACCUCCAGCACUCCACACCCAAAAAAGCCCCCAGCAGACAGCAAAGCCUGACUGCAGAGGCCAGAUCGCAGGUUCAGGCUGAAAGUCACCGUCACAUCAGAGCAGUCAACUCCUAUGCUGGUUUUACAGAGUUUGACAGAAAACCAGCUUUUCUCCACCCUGACUCCACUCUGACAAAGGAGGACAGGAGCAGAGUGUCAGCUGAAGACACCCCCAUCCACGAGGGUCCCGGGACAGCAGUACUGGAAAGAGUUCAGGUCAAUUCAGCCCAAGGGAGCAGCCUACGAGCCCCUGGAGAAGAUGCACUAAGCGCUAUUGGCUCACCUGUCAAACCCAUGGAAAACUACCAGUACUCAGCUGUGGAGCGCAACAAUUUGAUGAGGCUGUCCCAGAGUAUACCCUUCACCCCCGUGACCCUGAGAGGUGAGCCGGUGACUGUGUACCGUCUAGAGGAGAGUUCCCCCAACACCAUCAACAACAGUAUGUCUUCCUGGGCCCAGUGGGGCCUCUGUGCCAAAGUAGAGUUUCUCAGCCAGGAGGAGAUGGGUGGAGGACUCAGACGGGCCCUCAAGGUGCUCUGCACGUGGUCAGAGUACGACAUCCUGAAGCCAGGACAUCUGUAUAUAGUCAAAUCCUUCCCUCCCGAGGUGGUCCAAACCUGGUGGAGCAUCUACAAGGAGGACACGGUGCUGAACCUUUGUCUCAGGGAAAUUCAGCAACAACGAGCUGCUCAGAAACUGACAUUUGCUUUCAACCAAAUAAGUCCGAAGACUAUUCCUUACUCACCGAGGUUUCUGGAAGUGUUUCUGCUCUACUGUCACUCUGCUGGACAGUGGUUUGCUAUAGAGGAGUUCAUUACCGGAGAGUUCAGGAAGUUCAACAACAACAAUGGAGAGGAGAUCAACCCCACUAACCUGCUGGAGGAAACCAUGCUGGCCUUCAGCCACUGGACCUACGAGUACACCUGUGGAGAGCUGCUGGUACUCGACCUGCAGGGUGUUGGGGAGAUUCUGACGGAUCCAUCCGUCAUGAAGAGCGGUGAGAAGGGAUCAUACAAUAUGAUAUUUGGACCUGCCAACCUGGGGGAUGAUGCCAUUAGGAACUUUUGCUCAAAGCACCGCUGCAACUCCUGCUGUUGGAAACUCAGACUUCCUGCUCCUCAGGUCCAUCUCCCACUGUGAAGGCAGUCCUUCACAAAAGAGCACAGGAGGUUCAAGUUUCCCCAUCACACUGGUUAUUUGCAUCCUGUAUCUAUAUGGAGUUUAACACAGAGACAGUUUCCCUCGUCUCUUCAGCAGAUAAAAGUGAAAAUAACCUCACACUUGCACUGUCACUCUGAUGUAUGAGGAAACAUUCAAGUGAAGAACUAGAAGCAGGACACAUUUCUGACUGGUGUUCAUUUAUUUCAGUGUGUUUGUGAUUAAAAAAAGAAAAAGAAAAAAGUUAGAAUAAAGAUUCUGAUCUGUUAAAUAA